AUGGCGUCUGCUCUCACCGUCGUCCUCCUUGGCUGCUGGCUGGCCGGGUGGAGCAGGGUGUUGGGACAGGGGUCCUACCCCAAACCCUCCAUCUCCGUCAGCCCCAGUGGGGUGAUCCCCAUGGGGGGAAACUUCACCAUCUGGUGUUGGCAUCAGCUCCUGGACAUGAGGAUCCAACUCUACAAGGCUGGAGAUAGGAACCAUACGACUUACACAGACCCUGCCGGCUCUGAGGCUGAAUUUCCCAUCACCAGCGCCAGACGGGAACAUGGCGGCAGCUACACCUGUCGUUAUAGCAACAGAACAGCCCCACCUGCCUACUCGGAGCCCAGUGACCCUGUGCAGAUCAUUGUAGCAGAUCCCAGCUUACCCAGACCCUCCAUCUCCCUGAGCCUCACUUCGGUCACCGCCUCAGGGACAGACGCCACCAUCCGGUGUCAGGGGCAGCGCCGGGACGUGAGGUUCUUCCUGCACAAGGCUGGAGACCUGAACUUGCAGCGACAGAUGGACUCGGCUGGUGACGGGGCCGAGUUCCGCAUCCCCAGCGUGGGCCGGCAGCACGGAGGGAGCUACAGCUGCAGCUACCGGCCCCGGUCAGAGCCCUUCGUCUCCUCGCAGCCCAGCGACACCGUGCAGCUGGCGGUAGCAGGGGGAACCAACCCGUCGCAGCCUGGAGAGGCACCGGCUCCCACCCGUCCGGGCGUCACGGGACCAGGGGGAACCGACCCGACCCAGCCUGGAGCGGCGCCGACUCCCACCCGCCCGGGCAGCGCGGGACCAGAGCCCAGCUACCCCAAACCCAACAUCUCCCUGCGCCCCAGCGGGCGGGUUGCCCCGGGGGCAGCCGUGACCGUCCGGUGUGAGUGUCGGUGUCGGGGAGCGAGGGUCCUUCUGAGUAAAGCUGGAGACCCGGACGCACAGCGUGUGAUGGACCCCACGGGGGACGUGGCUGAGUUUACCAUCCGCAGUGUGAGCCGGAGAGACGCAGGGAGCUACAGCUGCCAAUAUAGCACCAAAUCUAAUCCACCCGUCUGGUCAGAGCCCAGCGACCGCGUGGAGCUGGUGGUAGCAGAGCUCCCCGCGCCCGGACCCUCCAUCUCCGUCAGCCCCAGCGGGCUGAUCGCCCCGGGGGCGGCCAUCACCAUCCGUUGUCAGUGCUGGUGCGAGGCCAGGAAGUUAUUGCUGUAUAAAGGUGGAAUCCGAAUCCAGGAGGUGGAUGCUGAUGGGGACGGGGGUGAAUUCACCAUCCCCAGCGCCAGGCGGGAAGACUCGGGGAGCUACAGCUGCCGAUCUCGCUCCAGAUCGGAGCCACCCAACUGGUCAGAUCCCAGUGAUUUUGUGCGGAUCAUUGUAGCAGGGCGUAAAUACCCCAAACCCACCAUCCGGGUGAGCCCCAGCAGGGUGGUGGCGCUCGGGGGAAGCGUCACCAUCCGCUGUGAGGGUCGGUACCCGGGCAUGGAGUUCUUCCUGCAUAAAGCUGGACACCCGAACCAGCAGGUGCGGACGGUGCCUGAUGGGCCUGUGGCUGAAUUUCCCAUCCCCAGUGUCAGCCGGGAAGAUGGAGGGAGCUACACCUGCGACUAUCGCUCCAUAACGGAACCGAGUCGCUGGUCGUAUCCCAGCGACCCCGUCGAGAUCAUUGUAGCUGAGCCCAGCUACCCCAAACCCAGCAUCUCCCUGAGACCCAGCGGGGGGGUCUCCCUGAGGGGAGCCGUGACUGUCCGGUGUCGGGGGCAGCACAAGGGUGUGUGGUUCAUGCUGAAUAAAGAGGGACAUCAUUUCACAUCUAUGGAUUCGGACGGGUUGGAGGUUGUGUUUCCCAUCAGCGACGUUCACCAGGAGGACGGCGGGAGCUACAGCUGCUCCUAUCACAGCAAAUCGGAGCCGUUCAACGUGUCGUACCCCAGCGACCCCGUGGAGCUGGUGGUGAGAGAUCCCAGCUUACCCAGACCCUCCAUCUCCCUGAGCCCCACCGGCGUCAUCGCCCCAGGGGCAGACGUCACCAUCCGGUGUCAGGGUUGGGAUGCUGGGGCUUCCCCUGUCCACUCGCCCGGCGGCCGGGGCUCCGGGGACUCCCACUUGGCCGGGGACCCUGGGCACGGGCCUUGGGGAACCGACCCAACUCAGGCUGCAGCAGCGCCGGCUGCCACCCGCCCGGGCAGCACAGGGCCAGCAGCCCCCCCGGAGCACCCGGAUUUCACCCACGCCAACAUAGCUCGCCUGGCGCUGGGCGCCGUGGUCCUGCUCGUCCUGGGGCCGAUCCUGGCUGAAGCCUAUUACAGCCGCCUGAGGGGGGCAUCCUAG